AUGUUGUCUAUUAGUUACUGGGAAAGCAAGGUCAAAAAGACCCUCAUUCAAGCAUGGCCUGUCAUCUCGAACAACUGGCAUCUCGGCAUGACUGCCUUUGGGGGACCACCAGUCCAUUUCAAGAUUCUGCAUGACAAGUUUGUGCUGAAGCUUAACUGGAUCGACGAGCAGCUGUACCAGGAGCUGUUCAGCGUCUCGCAAGCUCUAUCAGGACCAGGAAGCACAAAGAUGGUUUACUGCAUCAAUUUGAUUCACAGCGGGGUAUUCGGAGCCCUGCUUGCAUUCUUUCUUUGGAGUUUGCCCGGGGCGUUGGGCAUGUUCGCCCUCUCCAUUGGUGUCUCCAACAUAGACACUGCGCUGCCUCGCGCAGUUUACGCCCUGCUCUCUGGGCUGAAUGCCGCGACUGUUGGAAUCAUCGCUUUGGCUGCGGUUGAACUGUCAAACAAGGCAAUUACAGACAGGUUGACUAGGAUCAUUGUCUUUGUUGCUGCUGCUGCUGGAUUGCUAUAUAAUGCGCUUUGGUACUUUCCAGCCCUCAUGUUUGCGGCCGGAUUCGCUGCCGUUGUACAUGACUUCCGCUGGCUUCAUCGUCUCGGCCGAUUCAUCAAAAGUAUUCUGACAUCCCCGAGCCCAUCAUCAACAGGAGUGGGGAAUGAGGCAGUCGAAAGAGACGGCUGGAGAGGCUCCAAUAACUCCAUCACAGCUAUCACUGACCCUCAACGGCGCACCAUACCACAAGAGUAUCGACUAAACUUCUCAUGGAAAGCUGGAGCUGCUGUCAUUGCAACUUUCCUUGCCGCCUUCACCGUGAUAAUGGUGCUCCGCGGAGUUUUGCACAGCCCUUCUAUGCUGUACAAACUCUUUGCCAAUCUCUGUCUCGCCGGAACCGUCAUUUUUGGCGGUGGUCCGGUGGUGAUUCCCCUGCUGCGGGAAUAUGUCGUGGCCGAAGGAUGGGUCAGCCCGCGCGACUUUCUUAUCGGGCUCGCCAUCAUCCAAGCGUUUCCAGGACCGAAUUUCAACUUUGCCGUAUUCCUGGGAGCCCUCGCCGCGAUGAACAAUGGACAACCCGCCAUUCUUGGAGCCAUCAUUGCGUUUCUAGGCAUCUUCUUGCCAGGGAUGAUCUUGGUCCAUGGCACCAUGGGCGUUUGGAAGGUCUUGAGAAGCAAGCCAUGGGUGAAAUCCGGGUCCAGAGGUAUCAAUGCAGGCGCAGUUGGUUUCAUUUAUACAGCCGUGUACCGAAUAUGGCAAGUUGGAUAUGUAGACGAGGGCUUCCAGUCCGGGAAAAGCCUGGGCGAUGAUCCAUGGUGGGUGGUUGUCGCAGCGUCGGCAUAUGUUGGGGGCAGACACUUUGCUCUCCCAGCGCCUCUUGCGAUACUUCUUGGUGCAGUGUUGGGACUUGUGAGAUACGGAGUUGUAAUGAGCUAG